AUGCCAGACGACAAAAUCACCCUCGACGAGGCCCAUCGGCGCUUUAAAGAACCUCUCCCCAAAUUAACCGCCAUCAAAUGCUCCGUCAUAGCCUAUGCGCUACGAGCCUUUAUCGUUGUUGCGAACUAUGGUCUCUCGUUGAAAGAAAAGUUCGUGACGCCUGCUAAUGCGCCGAGUCUUACAAAGACAUACGCGUGUCGACCAAAGUUGUCCCUACGAAUAUUCUUUCCCAAAACUUUCGAUGAAACCUCUGAAGAAAAGCUUCCUACAGUGUUUACCAUCCAUGGCGGCGGUUUCGUCAUGGGCGAUCCUCGUGAUGACGACCACUUCAACUAUACAUUCGCCAACAUGCACUCUGUUCUCGUCAUCGCGCUGGAUUACUCAAAGUCACCACGUACUCACUUCCCAACCCCGAUAUACGACCUCGAAGCCCUCAUCCUGGCUGCUCUCUCCGACUCAACUCUCCCAAUUGACGAAGACCGCGUUGCGAUCAUGGGCUCAUCAGCUGGCGGAAACCUAGCCCUCUCUGUAUCCCUCCUCCCGAGCAUGAGCGGCAGUGGCGAUGGCGUGCGUCGUAUCAAGACCGUUGUGCCAAUGUAUGCAGUCGUCGACAUGUCAGUGAGGAAAGAGUACAAGAUACAGACUCGUCAGUGGAAGCCUUCAUUUGGAGGAUUUCGAGCAAAGAAGACGGACAUGCUAUUUCCACUUUCACCUGUCUUCGAAGCUGCGUACACGCUACCCGGUCAAGACCAUCAUGAUCCAUUGCUGAAUCCUAUUUUCGCUAAGAAAGAGCAACUCCCGCCGAAUAUCUUCUUCCUGGCAUGUGAGCUUGACAUGCUGGCGGGAGAAUCGUGGAGAAUGAUCUGUGGCUUGACGGGGAGAGAGAUUGGAAGUGAGACUGUAGGGAGAGAAGAAAUUGGGCCUAAGGGGGAGCUGAUAUUGGAUGAUGAGAGGUAUUCGUUUGAGACGAAGACUAAAGAGGGAAGUUAUAGAUGGCUGUUGAUUCUGGAUCAGAUUCAUGCGUAUGAUAAGUAUGAGAAUCUGGUCUUGCUUCAUGGGGAUAAAGAGUUGUCUAAGGAUGCUGAGUUGAAGCUGAUAGAAGCUCAGAAGGUGAUUGGGAAGUGGUUGUUUGAUGGGCCGUUUGCUUGA